CUUAGUAAGCGCGCUUUUCCAGUUCGUCGUUUCUCUAGUGAUUGCGCGUCGGAGGUUUGGCGAAAACGAGUCUAGGGAUUUAGUCCGAGUACAUAGCUCCGACCAUUUUAAUGGUUAUCUGGUAGUGGAGUAUAAUGACAGAUUUCAGUGAUAAUUGUCUAUCUGGCUUGAGUGACGAAGAAGUCAGUCUUAAUCUAAAGAAUCGCUUGUCAAAUCAUAACAGUACAGGAAAGAAUAUGAGCUCGUUUAACAGGAUGUCUGGUAACCAUAAGCAAGGCGGUGCUCUUCAGCAGUUAUCAAGUCUUCUUGGGCAAACUAUGAGACUAGAAAAUGUGGCUGACUUGAAAGGUAAGAGCUGUUAUAUUCAGUUUAAAUUCUAUUUUUGAUGUAUAUAGUUAGUAAUUUUGGCUAUGAAACAAUGCGUACAUUUUACUUUUCAUUUGUGCCUUUAGUAGUAGACUUUUAACACGGUUAAUAUAUAUUCGUCAAAGCUAGUAUGUUAUAUAUUCGUAAUCUUAAAAUACUAGUUAGGUGAUUGUCUUUUUGACUCAGUCAUCUUAGAGUCACUGUCUAAUCUCAGUGGUGUUGAUUCAUAGUGCCAAAAAAUGUACAUUAAUCACGUCUAUAUUAGUGCUUUAUUCAACAAACGUUCGAAAUGAAAACUAUACAGAGAAUCGUCCCAGCCCGUUUAUUCUGUAGGGAACUUCAACACUUUGAAACAUCGAGUGAUUUACACUAACUUGUGUUUCGGUGAUUAAGUGUUCAAUUACUUGCACUUUGCACAUCCAAACCAGUCGUUUCAUAUGGUACAGGAUAACCAGAUAUAACUUCGGCUCCUUUUAGGAGUAUCCACUCAACGAACGAUACUUAACCAGGAAGUACUGCAGAUCGUUAGGCAGGGUAGGUAGUUCAUAAAAAUCCAGUUGCAAAUCAGGCAUGUAGUAUAAGGAACAAACCUCUUGGUUAUGCAAUUUUCUUCCAAAGCACUUAUAAUUAAUCAGUUAUAUGUUGACAAAAUCCAGCCAUUGUCUAAAGCAAGAAUGUUCUGUUAUUACCGUAGCUCAGUGGGCAAUUCGAAGCUUCAACAUAUGUGCUUAGUUGUGACACCACAAUUAGUAUUUUGGCUUCGAAAUCACGUGUUAUGUGAGUUUAUGUAGUAUCCCAAUAGCAGUAAUGUUGAAGUAUAUACUUCCAAAAUACAUCACCGACUUUAAUAACCUAUUUGUUUAACUGGUCAUUUCACCUGCGUAUCGUAAAUAGUAAGUGUAAGUGUUCUUAAAACAACAGAUUUAUCGAUACCUAGUAUGCGAUAUUUUGAUUCGUUUGUUCAGAAAGUAAAGUGUGAGUGCCGUUCAGGUUUUUAUUUUGUUAAGUGGUUAAAGGCGAGUAAAAUGUAACAUAUUACUAUUCGUUAUUUAUACCCAAGGGGCAAAUCCGUACGAGUUCUGUCGACACGAACCAUCUGAAUAAUUUUCGCUGCAGGUGUGUUUGAUGAUCUAGGUAACUAAUCUGAUUAGGUAAGUACACUACUCAUAUCUAGCUGUAUGAAAGUCAAGUACUUAAACAAGGUAUUCUAAGUGUUGAAUAAAUUAGGGUUCAUGUGUACUAAUUUUCUUGCAGUUUGGAAGUCUCAAGUCUUGUUAAUGUUCCUAACAGGCUUUUAAUACGUUGAAAUCUGGAACUACUUUUAUACUAGCGGGCUGUGAUAGCAUGAAUCGUGUUAGGUUAUAAAUGAACAGUGGUUUUUAGUGAAUAAACCACUAUAAAGCAGUAUCUCUAUUUUCUCUGUUAUAGCAACUCAAGAUGUAAACUGUCAAAAGUUUAUUCCCUUUUUAAAACCUUGGGAUAUAGUGAGUCUAACCUUAUUAUCAAACUAUAUUUGCCCAUAGUUGCGGAAUUCUAGUGGGGUAUUCUUUGUGACCAUAACUGGUUCACAUAGUUUUGUGCGUAGAUGCAACAAUUCAGUCUCUGCCUACCGUCUGAUUGGUGUAGGGUAACUGUCUACGUUUUCAUUACUAUUCAUUACAAUGUCCGUGGCCUGAGGUCCUGCCCGGCCAUUCAAACCUGAUUAUUAUGCUUCAUUAAUAUUUCCACAUUAUUUUUAUUGAGUGAAACGAGGUUUAAAUAAAAAGUAAAUAUAUUUUUAGAUUCCUAAUCUCAUUUGUAAGAAACAAAAAUGAAAUUUUGAUAAGAUAGAGCCUAAUGUCUAUUUAUCUUUUUAUUCAAUAUAUACCUGUCUUCCAGAGGUACUCAAAUCAGUUGGUACUGGUUAUCAGCGUAAGUGACUACUUCUUUGUUGUUCUGUUCUGUUGUAUUUUUUGGGCUCACAUACACUGUGAUUCGUAUCAUCACUUAGUAGUAUUUAUAAAAUAGUUUUUUUGCCAAUUUUAUUUUCAAUUAUUAACUAUGCAUAUUAGGUGGCCUCCCAACAAUACCAAUAAAUGAUCUUCGUGGUGAAGAAGCUGCUGCUUAUCCUCGGGAGGAUUGCGUGUUGAGACGUAGUUUGGCUGCUCUGUAUCGUUUGAUUGAUAUGAGAGGAUGGACGCAUUCAAUUUAUAACCAUAUAUCUGCAAGGUGCACUACAAAUCCCAAUCAUUUCUUAAUUAACCCUUUCGGGUUACUUUAUCAUGAAAUUCAAGCCUCUAGUUUAGUAAAAAUAGAUGCAAACGGUAAUAUAGUUGAUCAAGGUAGCUCAGUGUUAGGUGUAAAUAAGGCUGGUUGGACUCUUCAUUCUGCACUACACUCAGCUCGUAAAGAUAUUAAUUGCAUUAUUCACGUUCAUUUGGCUGAUGUAAUAGCGGUGAGUUGUCUGAAUUUGUAUAGUAUUUUGUUUUGACUUAAAGUGAAAAAAAUAUUCUUAAUUUUAAGUUAAAGGUUUCAUCGAGGAUUGCUAAGGACUAUUACGUCAUGUAGUUCAGUCAAAUAAUUCCUAUGAUGGAAAUAGUGGAUUAACACGAAUAUUAUAUAAUUUACUACAGUUUUAUAACUCACUCAGUGUUCACGAUUCACACUGACACAUCGAUGAAAAAUCAAAAGAGAAGUACAAGUUAUGUAGAUUAUAAUGUUCCUGGUUGCAUUUAUGAACUUAAUGAGGCAACACAUUUCAAACCACAUUACCGUGAAGCUUAAAAUCCUUUAUUUACCUUCAAACAAAUGUCCGAAAAUCCACUCAGUCAGCUACAACGUAGGAUCAGACAAAUAUACUCAUCGCUUCAAGUUUCCAUACCUCAUUAACACAAGAUGAACACCAAAUUCAUGGAAGCCGUUACUUCGAUGGUAUUAAUAUAUAAAAGAAAGAUUGCAUAUAAGGCUAUGAUACAGGAAGAAAGAAUUAGUUCGUAGAAAAAAGUUAUAAUCUCACGGUCUAAAGGGAAGACAAUGAGUGUAUACACCUACGCCAUUGUUUUCGAUUCUGAGCCAUGUCAUCCAGUUUCCAACCACUGGUAACGAUAGUCACGCGGACCCCAACCGAGUAGUCUGCAUCCCCCAACAUGACUCAGACCCGAAGUUAGUGACUUCAAGGACUGAUGCCAUGUUUUGGUUUGGUCGACCUUACCUUCUUCCAACCGUCUCUAACACUAGUCAGCAUUGUACGUCGUGGUAAUCGGUGUUCAGGCAUACGUAACACGGCCCACCCAUCUCAGUCGAUGAAGAAUCACAAUCUCAUCAACUGACUUACCAUCAUUCCAUAAUACCCUACGUCUAACUUCACUAUUACUUACCCGAUGAUCCCAGCAGAUGCGAGCAAUAUUUCUAAGGCAUCUGUGGCCAAAUACUAGUAGCUUACAAAUAUCUACUUUUAGUGGCCACGUUGCGCGGCCGUAAAGUAAAACAAAACUGGCUGAGCUAGACGGAAAGCAGGACCAAUCAAGACUCUAGACUGUUCGCACUUGUUUUACGCAUCAUUGAUCCGAUCGAUAAGUCACUGCCCUCUAAUCGGUGGUCACAAGUUAUAACAACUUGAUAGCUUUUAACUCCUCGCUCAUCCUCCCACUCGUGGUAGCGUAACGUGUAGAUUCAAUUAAGUAACUGAUAGUCUAAUUCCAUAACUUCAUGUGUUAAUUUGCUCUCAUAACCUAAUGCUACGUUUAUAAUCAAUUUCGUUUAUUCCUUUGCUUCAGUAUACACCAUGUCUUUAAUGUAUUUGUGUUGAAAAAUGUAUCACCAUGUUCAAGCUCUUCAUUUUCUAUUGUUAGGCUACAUUUUGUAUUCAUUGGAUGAAAAAUGAACCCCACAUUUUAAGAUCUUUCUUCAUACUUUUUCGAAUUAGCAUUUUUAUCAGGGUUUAUGGUUGAAAAUUCUCUGCAGUUUCUUUUUUGGAUCUGUGAGGUGAUCGGUAGUGGUAAUUGACUACAAUCUAAACAAAUCUAUGACAAUGUUAGAUGGAAAUAAAGGUCAUCAGAUGGGACUAAUAAGCACGAUUGCUCACUAUAAGUUAUUACAUGUCCAUAAGCAUAUUCUUUAUGUGGCAUACUAAAAUGUUACCCUGUAUCAGACAUUGCCUCCAACAAUCGUUAUACUUAUAUCCCAGACGUGGUCUGUGCAUCUUUUUGUCUUUUCCAACUCCUCGCUGACACUAAUUGAUAAUCUUAUAGACCUUUUGAGCUGUCAACUGGGUUAGGGGUCAGACAACAUCUUAUGUUCAAGGUCAGUAUUUGAUUUGUAAUAAUACUGUCAGUUAUGCUUAACGAUGCUAAAAAUUAAUGAAAGCAUUACUGAAAAUGGCGAUUGUUUAUUUGUAACAGAUGAAGGUUAACGGAAAGUGAGAAGAGUAGAGGAGUCUAGUCGUCUCGUUGUCCUCUUUUCCCUUCAAUCGGGAAAUGUGAUUUUUGAUUUGACUGCUCCCACUUUUUUCCAACCUACUCCUAUACCGGCGUACACCAUUCGCCGAGGUAGGCGACAGUUGACCACAUGUAUAUUCUUCAACUACCUCAGUGGAUGAAAAUUCGUUACCUCAUUAAUCGAUUUGCCACUACCUAAUUACUUACUUAUUUACGCCUGUUACUCCUAAUGGAGCAUAGGCCGCCGACCAGCAUUCUCCAACCCACUCUGUCCUGGGCCUUCUUUUCUAGUUCCAUCCAAUUCUUGUUCAUUUCUCUCAUGUCUAUUUCCAUUUCCCGGCGUAAUGUGUUCUUUGGUCUUCCUCUUCUUCUUUGGCCUUCAGGAUUCCAUGUAAGGGCUUGUCUUGUGGCGCAGUUGGGUGCUUUUCUCAAUGUGUAUCCUAUCCACUUCCAGCGCUUCUUCUUCCUGAUUUCUUCCUCUGCUGGGAUCUGGUUUGUUCUUUCCCACAGUAGGUUGUUGAUAAUAGUGUCUGGCCAACGGAUCCGAAGUAUUUUGCGCAGACAACUGUUAAUAAACACCUGUAUUUUCUGGAUGAUGGCUUUCGUAGUUCUCCAAGUUUCUGCCCCAUACAGUAGAACUGUCUUGACAUUUGUAUUGAAAAUGCUGACCUUUGUGUUGGUUGACAGUUGCUUUGAGUUCCAGAUGUUCCUCAGUUGUAAAUAUGCUGCUCGUGCUUCGCCGAUCCGCGCCUUCACAUCUGCAUCAGAUGCACCCUGUUCAUCAAUGAUGCUGCCCAAAUAUGUAAAGGUUUUUACAUCUUCCAAAUCGUCUCCAUCAAUUGUGAUUGGAUUGGUGCAUUCUGUGUUGUAUCGGAGAAUCUUGCUUUUCCCUUUGUGUAUAUUGAGACCUACUGCUGCUACACUGUUCGUCUUCGCCUGCAUUUGUUGUUGCGUUUGGGAUAGAAGGGCCAGAUCAUCUGCGAAGUCUAGAUCGUCCAACUGCAUCCUAGAUGUCCAUUGUAUCCCGUGCUUCCCUUCAGACGUUGACGUCUUCAUGUUCCAGUCGAUCAGCAGGAGAAAGAGAAAGGGUGAGAGUAAGCAACCUUGCCUGACACCGGUCUUCACUUCGAACGACUUUGUCAACUGUCCUCCACGCACGAUUUUGCAAUGUAAUCCAUCAUAUGAACUCUGUAUGAUAUUGACUAUCUUCUGAGGCACGCCGUAGUGUCGAAGAAGUCUCCAUAGUGUUCUGUCCACGCUAUCAAAUGCCUUUUCGUAGUCAAUAAAGUUGAUGUAGAGUGAUGAAUUCCAUUCAAUUGACUGUUCCACAAUGAUCCGUAGAGUUGCGAUUUGGUCUGUACACGAUCUAUCCUUACGGAAUCCUGCCUGUUGGUCACGAAGUUGGGCGUCUACGGAGUCCUUCAUCCUGUUUAACAAUACCCUGUUGAAGACUUUUCCCGGUAUUGAGAGAAGAGUGAUGCCCCUGUAGUUAUCACACCUGCUGAGAUCGCCUUUCUUUGGUAUUUUGAUCAGAAAUCCUUCUUUCCAGUUUGUUGGUACUUGUUCCUCAUUAAUCGAUUUGCCACUACCUAAUACUCUGCGUCUAACCUCAGCAAUGCUCACUUUUGGGUCUCAGCAUACACGGACAAUUUUUCUAAGGGAUCUCUAAUCAUAUACUAGCGACCUAUGAAUAUCUUCUGUGUUAAAUGGUCAAUUGUAGUUGACUAGCUAAUUCAUAAAGUGGCACAGUAAUCCAUUGAUAUAAACUCGACAUAUUUCCUUGGCCAUUAUUUAAUUUUUGCUGACUGAUCAUGGUCAUUUACUUUAAUUUAUAUAUAAAGUAUAUUAGGACGGUGAAAAAAUCGAUUCUUUUGAAGUGAUGGUAAGUAACAGUUCGAGUAUGUAUGCGGUAAGUUUCUCUUAUAGAUUUAAAAUGCUGCUUCUGGAUUGAUCUGGAUCGCCACCUAGUUUAUUCAUUGAAAAUAAAGUAGUGGAGUGCAUUGAUCACACUAAUUUGAUGAGACCACAUCAGUCCUGAUAGUGUGGUAUCUGACAAAAUAUUGACACGGAUAGGAAACGUUCUAGUUCUUACCAAUCUGUCCACUAUCUGACUUAGAUUAGAUGUCCGUCUUCCUAAUUUUCUAUUCUCCAGUUAGGUUUUUUUUCUUCCAAAACACCUUUUUGUUUUGUAUAUUAUUUCCUAUUUUAUAGCUCCCAUCUGGUUAAUUUCUCGUUAUACAGAUGUGAGGUGUGGAAGCUGGGACAGAUGCGCGCUCUUCCCAUAUCCUACGUUGAUGACUGGCUUAUUAAAGAGAGUACUUAUAUGCCAGUUCAAUUUCAGUUUUUUUAGCUUCAUUUGAGUGGUUAAAAUUACCGCCACGGUCAAAACAGUAGCAGUGUAUUGAAUCUCAUAUCCAAAUUUUUGAUACGCCAAAUAAUCUGACAUAUCAAUCCGUAAAUCUCAUUCGCAUUUUAUUGACUGAGUAUCAGGACUGAAAAUAAUCUUGAUAAGGAAUGCGUAAUCGAUGAUCUUGAAAAUUAGUUUAUUGUUGGUGGUCUCAAAUCCGUUCCUAAGUCAUAUCCAUUCGAAAAAUACUUCAUUAAAAUCUUGAACGAACCAUCUAAUCAAAGUUGAAAUUCAUUUGAAAUAGCAUAGGAUAAUUUUCUUAAGCUGCUUUCAAAGCAAACUCGCAAGUCUGGUUACAUGAAUAAGCUGCAUUGCUAUUCGUUACAUAUAAGAAUAAAUUAACUCUUCACAUCGCUUAUAUUUUUCGACAUUUAUAGAAUCGCUGAAAAAAAUAUGAAUUAUUUCGCAGUUUUCUCUGAAAGUAAUACGAAUGUAAUCAAUUUUUUUUGCUUCGUAUAUUCAUUCUGUGGUCAACGAAAUGAUAUUAAGUUUGGUAGUGCGAAUUUAGAUGACAGGGCUCAUUCGUUAAUGUAUUCUUCUAGUAGGGUUAUAAUUUUAAAAAAAUCUCUUCUACCUUCCCUAAGAGAUCGUUACCACGAAUAACUGAUCAAUGCAGCCGUUUUAGUUAUUCUAAUAGUUUCGUAAAUCAAUGAAACUUUGAUAGCAAAUUUUUUGACUACAGGUGUCGUGUCUUCGCACAGGGCUCAUGUCUGUCAGUCCUGAGGCCAUUGAACUAGUGUCAAAUCAUGGAGUUCGCUAUCAUGAGUAUCGAGGUAUUCUGGUAGAUGAGACAGAACGUUCUAGCAUUGUGAAAGAUCUAGGCUCUAAAGCAAAGGUGUUGUUUUUACGAAAUCAUGGUGUGGCAGUUACUGCUUCUAGUAUUCCCGAAGCAUGGUAUCUCGUUAAACGAGUAAUAGCUGCUUGUCAAACCCAAGUAAGUCAAUGUUAACUUUUUAUAUAAGACUAUCUAACUUCUGAGAUUAUUUAUCACAAUAAGGUUGAUGCAUUAUGAUUCUGUACGAGAUGUUUCGUCAAUAAGUUGUCUAGUAAAUGCUCAUUUAUCCUUAGUCUGUGGAUCAUACCAUUCAAUACUACACUUUUCGAAAGUUCAACCAGAAUUUACCAAGCUUUUAGUAAUUCGAAUCUAUGUCAUGAGUAACACGAUAGGCCUAGCAGACGAUGAAUAGCAACAACUCAAAUAUAGGUUGAUAAAAAGUUAACGCAAUAUCGUAAGCAGCAGUGAGGAUAAAAGUAAAAGUAAUCGAAAAUGUAGCAGGUACGCGUAAUACGAGAUAACUGUUCUGACCUAUCAAGGAAACAAGUUAACUAUUAGUGAAACUUUCGGAAAAAGAUGGGACUCUAAAUCACUUUCCAGGAGAUUUGGACAAUAGGCAGAACACUUCCUUCUCACUACUCUACAGUUACUCACUAUUCCCAAAAAACUUCCGGCAGAUCCAAAGGACCAUGUCUAAUUUGAACCGAAGGGAGAUCAGCAAAAUACGAUAACUCCAGAGGUCUUUAAAGAUGGUUCACCAGUCCUAGCAGUUACGCUGACUAAAGUUUUAGAGCUCGGUUCAGUCUCAUCUGUUUAGAUUCGAUCUCUGUUCAUCGCAGUGUAUACAAAAUGAUUAACAUCCCCUUGUGAUAAUCACAAAGAAAGCAGUUUGUUCAACAUUAUGCCUAGAAUACUAGUCUCUAUAAUUCUUCAAAACUUUACUAGUAUUCAUGAACAACAGAUUUGGGGGAACCGAGCUGGAUGUGGAUGCAUUAAUCAGACAUUCACCCUCGUCAGGUUUUGGAAUAUAAGAAUACUUACCGUCUCCCGACUAAAGUUGCAUUUCUUGAGCCUGGUGCGGCAUUCUACCCCAUUGAUCAAGAAGUUCUGUGGUUAAGUUCGUCAUUAAAAGGUACACAAAAUAGUGCAUAGAACUUGUGGAGGCGCUCUAAUCGAACAAUGUUGACUACCAAUUUUGAUUUAUACGAUUAUAGUUAUUUAUGAAAGCGUUACCAAUUUGACAUCAACUUGACAUCCCAUUUAUCUUACUUUACAGAUGCGAUUGAUGCAACUAGGGAAUAUGACAAGUUUAUUGUCUGAUUUAAAGGACAGUGCUGUGCAGCUAACAGACGGUCAAGCUGACCAGUCAGAAGAAAUAGGAUCAAAUGUCAUAGAUCAAAAUAAAAAUGGUCAUACAUCAGUGAAUGGUAAAGCUGGCAGUGAUAAUGGAGAUAUUUCAUGGACACCAGCAGAAUUAGAAUUUGAGGCUGAAAUGCGUGUUUUGGAUAGUGCUGGUUUCAGAACUGGUCAUGUUUAUCGUCAGCCUAAUUUACUGAGACGCACACAUCCUGGUUCAUCGUGGCCAGGAGACACAUAUGGUGACCAAAUAACAGCGGCUGAUUUACUGACAACGGACUUUUCCACUAAUGAGUUCAGUGGAGUUGAAGAUUUAGCUGCAGCUGAAGCAGCGGGCGCUGAACAAGUGUCUAGAAUUGUUGAUCAUGUCCGUGCCAGUCGCCAAAAAAAUGCACAACGAAAUCAGUGGUUAGCAAAAGCUAAUGAACCACCACAAAACGGUAUGGGUAAGUAAUGAUAUUCUAUUUAAAAUAUAGACUCACAAUUCUGAUUCGUAUUGCAUGUGAGGAAUUUGUAAUUCUAAAUAUGAUCUUUCUUAUAAUCCUUUUAUUUGCAUGUGAAUCGUUACGUCGUUUAUAAGUGGAAAUUCUUUAAUGUCCUUAUUUUUGUAGCCGUUGUUAUCUCUUCAUUCCUUCUAUCUUUGCAUGCUAUUUUCGAAAUCAUAACUUCUGUUGUCGUUCAUGGAUAUAUCACGCAUUAUGUUGUGGAUUUGCUUAAAUAAUAUACAGUAACCAGCUCCAUGAUCGAUUCGCCCCGGAAAUUGUCCGGAACUAAAGGUUCAGGUGACUAUCGUUCUCAUCCGUUUACUUUGGAUUCUCCUGUCUGUUCACCUGUUAGACGAUCUGAACCCGGAAGCGCAUUAUCUUGUGUAGGAAGGGAUUCCCAUUCUCCUGCUAUACGAAGUCCACAUGAUGUUUCUGACUAUUCAAUCCAUAACGGUUCAGUCUCGAUCUCAGUAGACACCACGGCAUCCAAUAGUUUAAGUAAGCCUGAUUUGUUAUUUUUUUAAACCAAAUUUUAAUUUUUUCCAUUAUCUUUCAAUUACACAUCACAUAGCGUUUGAUUUAGCAUGUUUUUAGUUACGCUAAAUACCUUAAAGUUUUAUAUGAUUCCUACCUUGACUGUAACAAUAUUUGAUUCAUGUUUUGCAGUGCAAUGAUGAUUUCCGAUUAUUCGUAAUCAGUUUUUAUUUUUAUUUCACUUGUUCUUAUGAAUUUACGACUAAAGACAUGUUUUUUUAAUCCUACACAUCGGGUCAUUGAAGUGCUUGUUUCUGAUUAGCUUUAUGUAAAACUUCGUUGCAGCCUAUAUUGGCGUUUAAAUAAGCUUUCCCAAUCACUCAGUAGAGCUAGAAAGUUAUUUAUUGUAUAUCUUUCGUACUGUGUCAGUUUAGCCGUAAAAUUGUUUUUUAUAGUGAUAAGUGUAACUCAACCUCAAAUGUGGUAUGUGCAUAAUAAUUACCAACACUUACUUUCAGUCUCAAUGUCUGACUGACAUCAUUCAUACUUCCGAUGUUUAUCCUAGUCACUUAUACUUAUUAUGUUUAACUUUAAGUGAUUGUUUAUGUAUGCGCGACCCAUCAUUUUGAUCUGCCAUAAGCCCAUACGUUUACUCAGAUUUAAUAUGGUGUGAAUUCUGAUUUGUUCAGAAGCUGUAUUCUUAAAUUUGAUAUUCAAACGGUCUGGUAGACUAGUAAAUUGGUUAUAUUUGUGUUUUGUUGAUUUGAUGUUACAAUACUCGGUUACUGAAUGGAUUUUAUUAACUCAACCAGCGAACCAUCAUAUUGCUCAUCGCCGUUUUGUGAUUAUUGAAAGUUUGUAGAAUUCCACCCCAUCUAAUUUAAAAAUUGCUUCAUUUUUAACUAUUUAAAUGAAAACAUCGUUUGUUCAAUAGGAACUUUUGAAGGUUGUUCAUCCUAAAUUUUACUUUUGUUCAUUUGUUAUCUAUUUUAUUUCAUACUUUCAUCAUUUCAUCUGGUACUUUUUCCAGCACCGAACAAACGAAUUAAUGAUUCCUGUGUAAAUAAGAGUGCAACACUACCUGCCAAUGUACAGCAUUUGUGUAAGUUGAGUAAUUAUGCAUCACUUUACAUAUGGCUUGAAUAUUCAUAUUAUUUUGAUUCGGUUUACUAUUUUCUCUUAUCAAACGUGGACGUUUUAAUCUGGUUACGUCUUCGUCAUAUAACAUUUGUACACCCUUUCAUACAGAUUAUAGACUCACUCAUAACUUUGAUAUUUGAUACAUCGUCACCUUGGACUGUAAAUGGAUUUUUGUAGCUGGGUCCCAAUUAUUUCUCUGUGGCUAGUCUUGCAGUACUUAUAUCACACAUCGAGUUUUUAGUGUGUAUAUGUAUCAGGCCGUUUAUUCAAAUUUUCGAAUAAAGAAACAACACUUUCGAAAUACAUCUAUCAAAUUUGUUAUUUUCAAUAUUCCAGAUUAAAUUUUGAAUUAUUGUUAAACUUUAAGAGAUUAGUUUCCAGUUAUUCUACGGUGAUUUUCUAACCUUUUUUGCUGUUAAACUGUUUUCGUUUACAAAUCAACUCUCAAUAAACGAAAUACGAGAUUCGAUAUUUUACCGUUACACCAGAAUAGUGUUUGAUGGGUGGCCUGUAAUAUGUGGUUGCGUCGUCUUAUAACCUUAUUAGCUUGAAUGUCUUAUAUGUAUUCUGAUAUUCUUCUGAUCAUUGUACCGUGUAUUAAUGAUUUAUAUGGCAUCGAAUAAUUAUCAUGUUAUCAGUACUUACUCGUUAUGGUACCUCCGGCGUAAAAAGUAGCAGUUUCUUACCUACAAAGUGUUUUGAGCAGUCUUUUUCAUCGUAAGAUGUUAUCUUGAUAGAACCCUUUCAGAUGGAUUCCGGAAAUUUAGGGGAGCAAUCAUAUAAUGUUUUCUCAAGCUUGGUAACCCUCCUGAGCGAUAAGUCGUUGACCAGGGAUAUUCAAGUAACUCUGCUCCUUAUUUGCUACCAAGUGCUAUGUUUGCUCUUGAUGUCUACGUACAAUUUCCAGUAUCACAUGCUCUUCGGUCUCCCUCUUUUUCUUUUGUUAAAGGUGUCAUGUUAGUACUCCUUUAGUGAUUUCUGUAUAUCGUGACCUAUCCACAUCCUAGUCUCUUCCCAAACUGCCAACUAGUUCGUUGUCUACCAGGCGAUUAUUGCUGAUAGCCUGUGGCCAACGAAUCUGGAGUAUCUUGUGAAGACAGCUGUUUAUAAAUACCUGUACUUUUUGAUUAUGACUGUGAUAAUUCUCCAAGUUUCGACUCCGUACAAUAAAACUUUUAACAUUUUUAUUGCAAAUUCCGACUUUGCUAUUGGCUCUCAGUUAUUUCGAGUUCCAGGUGUUCUGUUGCUGCCCAUGCUUUGCCAAUCUAUAGCUUCACGUCUGCGUCACAUUCUCGUUUAUCACUGAUGCUACCCAGCUACAUAAAUGCUUCCAACGCUCCCAGAGCUCUGUAGUUAAGCGUGAUGUAAUUGUUUCUCUCUGUGUUGUGCUUCAGUAUCUUGUCCAUUGUGAACAUUGAGGCCUACUGCUUCAGAGGCUGCCUCUGAACUGUCUGUCUUCGCCUGCAUUUGUUACUAUGUAUGACAUAGAAGGGCUGGGUUAUCUGAAAAGUCCAAAUCAUCCAGUUGCGUUCAAGGCGACCACUGUAAUCCGUGCUUCUGAGAUGUGGAGACUUUCAUUAUCCAGUCAAAAACCAGAAGUAAAUGGAAAGACAAGUAGACAAACUUGUCUGAUACCAGUUCUCAUUUGGAACGCAUCUGUGAGCUGCCUUUCAUCCACGACUUCACAAUUCAGUCCCUCACAAAAGUUCCGUAUGAUACUGGUGAUCUACCCAGGUACUCCACAGUGCCGAUAAAUAUUCCAUACGGUUUUCCGAUUCACUAUGUCGAAUAAUUUCUCAUAAUCGAGGAAGUUGAUAACUAGCUAUGAGUUGAAUUCAACUGGUUGUUUAAUAGUGAUGCGAAUUAUAUCAGUUUGGUUGGUACGUGAUAUAUCCUAACGAAAGCUAGCUUAUUAAUUUCGAAUUUGGACAUCUAAAUCUUUCAUUUGUUCAGCAACAAUCUGUUGGACUCUUAACUGGUACUGACAGUAGUGUGAUUCGUUUGCGAUUCUCACAAUUAUCACGAUCUCAUUUCUUCAGUAUCUUGAUGAGGUAUCUGUCUGUCCAGUCUCUUACUGCUUGUUUUCCAUUCUAAAUCUUUGCGAAGAGGACGUGACUCAUCUUCGCAGUUUUUCCCAUAUAUGAUAAUGCAAUUGGUGUCACCAUCUUGAAACACCGACUUCGCUGGCUUGGACAUGUUCUACGAAUGUCGUCCCAGAGAAUUCCACGUCGUGCAUUAUUUGCCGACUCUGGGACUGGUUGGAGAAAGCGGAGAGGUGGUCAGUGCAUGACAUGGUGUCGUGGCAUGAAAGAAAGCUGCAAAGGACCGGCUUCUGUUGGUCCUUCACGACUCCCUGGUUGGGGUCCGAGAGAUGGUGCUACACAGUGGCUAGAGACGUUAUCAGAUAUGGCUCAGAAUAGAAGCGAGUGGCGAUCAUGCUGUAACCUUCUUUAACUUUCCGUUCCCCCAUUAUGACUAUGAUUAUUACUACACUCCCUUACACCAAUCUCUUCAUUAUUGUUUAAAAAAUUUUUUUUACGUUCCUCAUUUUUUUUUCUUAAAUUCUCAUUGUUUUGUGUGGCGCAUAUAUAUUUGGCGCACUCCUGUACUAAUAUAUAUGUGUUCAACUAAAUAAAUAAAAUCAAUGCUUCAGCUGACAUACUGUUUGGUUCUGCUGCUUUGACAUUUUUGGUUUUUUGAAUUGCUUUGCUGAUUUCCAAUAUUUGCACGAUGUAAUCCAUUAGGAGGUUUGUUUGUGUGGCUUCGGUAUCUAAUGGACUCAGAGGUACUGGUCUAUUCAAGAACUCUUUUAAAAAUGCUUUACCGAUCAGUUCUGCUGCUUCUGAACCCAAAUGAUUGGUUGCCAUUUUGCCCUUGACUGGUAUAUCUGGUUUGCCGUAUUUUGUUCCUGAGAGCUUCUUUAUUGCAUAAUACAGUUCUCUCAUAUUUUCUUCUCUUACAGCUUGUUCUUCUGUAGUUGCCAGGCCUUCUAGAUAUUUCCACUUAUCACCUCCAAUUCUGUCGUUUACUCGCUUGUUUACUUCUGUGAAUUCCGCAUUUGACUUGGGUUCCUCUGUUCUUGUUCGGCUGUUGUCGACUGCCGUCCUCUUGUUUUUCCUUUCUUGAAUGAUGCCUAGGUUAUUAAUAGAGUUUAACUUUAUAUUCUGGUGCUUCAUUGGAACCAGACCCUCCUGACAUGUUGGUGUUAUCAUUUCUUUAAUCCUUUUCUAGUUAUCCGCUAUGGUGGUUCCCGUUUUUUCGAGCAUAUCUAGUAAGGCUUGUAACUUGUUGCUGAGAGCUACCUUGAAUUCAGUGAGUUUGUCAGUGUCUCGAAGGAUGACCAUACUAAACGUUUGUAUUGCUGUUUGUCUGACUGCCCAGUGUUUUCUUAGUUUCAGCCAGGGCACCACCAGGUGUUGAUCUGAAUUUGUAUCAGCCUCUUUGUUUGUUCCUAUGACUUCCAUGAACCUCAUGAAUUUUUUAUUGAUGUAAAUGCGAUUUGUCUUGUUUUCUGUAGUGUGUUCCCAUGUAGUUUUGUGUUUGUAUUUGUGAGGGCAAGUACAACUACGCUACCAUAGUGUUAUUGAAGAUAAACAGAUCUAUAAGCCUCUGGUCAUCCUUGAUUCUUUUUUUAAAUUCAUUUAGUCUCAUGACUUCUUAAUACCCUAUGUUGUCCAUGUUUGUCUUGGAGUUCAUGUCAUUCGUCAAGGUGGUCAUGGCUUUUCCUGUUUAGUUCUCUACGGUGGACUGCAGCUUCUCAUAAAUCUUGUUUUUAUCGUCUUUACUGUCAUCAUUGAUGCGUGCCAAGCACUGAGUGAAUUCAUUGUAACCCUUUUCUUUGAAAUAUGGUUUGAUGAUCCUUGCGCUGUGGUUCUGCUGUUCUAUUGGCGCUUAUUUUCUUGUUUUUCCGGGUCAAUGAUUUUAUAUUGGAACUCCUUUUUCGCGUUGUUAGUCUUGGUCAUAUUUUGUCUAAUCCUUUUUGUUUACCCACUCUUGGGACCGAUAGUAGUUUGGGUGUUCCAUGCAGUGUUAAUUAGUUGAAAUAUCAAUUAAACUUUAGGUACUAUAGUUUUACGUAUGAAUGGAUUAUUUAUUUAAUCCAAUAACAAUGUUGACGCACUUUUCAUUAUUUCCUUUUUCAGCUGUAAUGUCGAACUCAAAUACCCUCCAAUCGGUUGAUGGUGAUCUUUUGAAUAAUAAUGUUGAGGUUAUUUCCACCUUUUUUCUCCAUAUUUUGCAUGUAUUUAUAUUCACGAAUUGUUGUUGUGUUGCCAUUAUUAUUAGCAGUUAUGUAAUUUUAUUGGUAGUUAUAGCAUGUGAAGCUAGUGUUACUGUUCACGUCCUCGUGGUAUUGGUUUAGUUUAGUAUAUUCUAGUUGAAUGCAGUAAUACGAUAAAAGAUCGGAUAAUUAUUGCGUCGGUUUUUUUUCUGAACAAAAAUUAUUCCAGUUUUGAGAAAUUUUAGGAAUUAUGUUUUAUUUAGGCAUAAACUUUUACAUAGAAGUGAACAAAUAAUUGUAUUUCGAUAUAUGGUAUUUUUUGUUUUACUCUCUUUAAUCAGUAAUAAUGAAUUUUGUUCCGUAUAAUUCGAUUAAUAUUUAGGGAAGUAAAACGCUUGAGAAAAAGAUCAAAAAGAAAGGAAGCUUCCGAAUGCCAUCAUUUUCCAGAAAGAAGAAACACUAGCAAUAAAAUCACAUUGAUGUCUACUACACACCUGCUUGUAUUUGUUUCCAUUUCCAUUUUCAUGCAUUCACUUUAAUGUCUCUGUGGUCAUAUAUAUUACUAUAAUACAGCUUUGUCUAAAUUUAAAAUAACGGCUAACUGAAAUAAUUUGAUAAUUGUUAUUGCAUAAAGAUAUACAGUCAUCAGAUGUUAGUGGUGUUUUCCCCUGUUUUAUAUUAUGCUCUUAUAUUAAUUUUCCUUACUGAUUGUUGGAGUUUUCUUUUUCCUUACUUAUCAUUUAUCUUUUUUUUGCCAAUUGUUAACCACUCGAUAACUUCACUUGAUUAAGUCAUAUCUGUUAUUUUUUGUUCAGUUUUUCUGUAUGUGUGUGAUCCUGCCUUCAUUCGAAUUGCUAUAUAGCUUUUUAAUGAUAAUAAUCAUUGUUUUACAAUGUCUGAUCAUUAGUAUUAAUGGUCCACAAACAUGUUUUGAUUACUGAACUAUUUGUUCGGUACUUCAAAAAAUUCACAUAAUCCCACUGUCUCAAGGAGAUAUCAGUUCUUGAAUAUUUUCCAACAUGAUAAAAGAAGAAACACUUCUCUUCACUAAUUUCCAUCUCGGAAAAUAGAAUUUUUAGCAUUCUAACACAAGUGUAUGUGGAAUAACACUGUAUGAAAUUUUAAUUUCCUCUUUCUCAUACUGUGAAUAUUCAAUUAUAUAAACACCAAUCAGUCUUUUACUCCAGAGAAUUUCUCAUUUAUAAAGUCCUCAACUCUUUUUCUCCUUUAUCAGAUAUGAAUCAUUAUUGUGGUUUAACAGUGUAUGAGUUAUAUAUAAAUUUGUUUACUUUUUAUCAGGAAUAUGAUAUGCUAUUCCUCUUUUUUGUACUUUAAAGUCUUGAAAAUUCGAUCGUUUUCCGUUCUUCCUUCCAACUCAGCCCAUAUUUUUUGUUGAUUUCAUCUAAUUCAUUAAUGUCUCAUUUCUUUCGUAUCUCCAUCUAAAGUUUGUUCAAUUGUUCAGCUUAGUGUUCUUGGUUAUGUGCUUACGAGUCUAUGGCUCUCCUUGUAACAUCGUGUCGACAAACAGUAUACUCGGAACUUGUUUUUUUGACGUUUAUUAUUAUAUUCUGAAUAAUAUUAUUUUAGUCUAAUUACAAUAGAAUUUUUUGUUUGGUUAUUGAAUAUGCCUGAAGACUAAAUUUUUUACGAUGGGAAUUUUAUUUGUUGUGAACGUUAUUCUUUUUAGAUAUUCAGUUAGGUGUAUAUCAAUUUUUCUAUUCGCAAAUCCGAAAACAACCACUGUUGUAUCCUAACUCAUGGGAUUAUUGUCUAAAUCAGAAUCAUGAUACAUUUUUAUUGUGUAUAAUUCUGUUUACAGAUGGUUAAAUUUGGAAAAUUGGAUUCCUUAAACGGUAAAUCGUUGAAAAAUCUUACGAACGCAAAGCAUUAUCAUAGUGUUAUUUAACCGCUAGCCGAAAUUUAUUUACAUAUUACUCUUUAAUUUAUUACAUUUAAUCUGAAUCUCUAUAAAGAUUUAUUGUGAACAUUUAGUUAAAGUAAAUAUCAUAACUGUGUUUAGUUAGCAUUCAUAGGAUUUGAAAUAUUUUAAUCUAGGAAAAACAAUUUGCUGUUUAAGUGAUUUCGUAAUGAACUAUUUUGAAUCCGUGACACUACGCCCUAAAACUGAAUAUCUUGAUUAACUAAUUUAUGCUUAAUGAGAAAUAUUUCCUGCUAAAUACAAAAGUACAGGUCUAGUAAGAACACCUGUGCAUAAUACGUUAUCUUACAAACCGUUACAUAAUUAUGAGAUACCGUCCUUUACUUUAUAGAUUUACUUUAACUACUUGAGAUUGCUCCUUUCAUGACGCAUAUGUUUCAUUGAAUUGUACAUGAAUUCUAAAAUACAUUGUAUGGAGUAGUGAGAUUUUUUACAACUGAGUAACUUCAACAGAAUUCAAGCCAUUUUUAUACUCCAACUAAUUUAAUGAUCAGAUUAUGCGGUUCGAUUGUUGUCUUAAGUAUAAAGAUUGCUAAUUGAUGGCCAUUUUGUCUUUUCGCCCAAUUUAUAUUUGGACUUAAUAUUCCAUGUUUUGAUAGGUAUCUUCUAUACAGAGUUUUUGCAAGAAAAAUGUUGCUGAAAUAUACAUCUUUUGUACAAAUUAUCUUAAAAUUGUGAACGUAGGUUUAAACCCAUUAUUUUACUUUAAACUAGGAUUGUUUUAAUCGUCAUUUCAAAAUAACUUGUUUUUUGUUUGGAUAUAUUGCAUUCGGUUAUCCUAAGUAAUGUCAAUUGCCGGUUAUUUCUGAAAACUAUUGUUUAGUAAAUUUGACCUCGGUUUUGUUUGGAUCUAAGUCCGUAACAAACAUUUUCAUAUAUUUGUUGAUAUACCAGUUGGUUUAGUUCAUUGAUUUAAACCUGUUAAUUAUCGUAUAUCAAAUGCAAAAUCAGUGAACUAAUGUAUCGGUAUAGAAAUAAUUCCAAUGGUUUUUUCAACUUGUCAGUUACUAUGAUUGGUUUCUGUCAGGAACUGUACAAUUGUAAUAAAACAUUCAGAAAUAUUUUCCCUAUAGGUUAUUUGUCAAGCAACAAAUGUAACCAGAUACUGCUACUUCAUCACUGAUUUACUUGACGUUACUGAGAUUUUUCACUGUCUUGCUGAUCUGUGAACGUUGACCUACCAUAAUUAAACUUGAAAAUUAAAUGCCUACAGUCACAUAAGUUCGUACCUUUCGUAAAAAUAAGCAUAGAAACUAGUAGUAAUGAGGUGACCAGCAGUUGCGUUUGUCGUAGCUAGUGAGUAUUAGGUAUAUUGAAAUAUGACAUUUACAUCGGAAAUUUAGGCAUUCACUUAACAAUUAAGUCUCAAAUUUGAACCGUCCUACAUAUUAUUUAGUGACGGGAGACGUAUUAUCACUAACCUUCAAGUAAUUAAAUUUAGACCCCAAAUUGAGUGCAUAAAACUUGUACGUGGUAGGAGGCAAUUUGGGAUAAAGCAGUCUGCUGUAUAUCGUAUAUGAGAAGAUUCCAAGUGUUUUAUUAAUAUAACAUGCUUCCCUUGUGUACACUUUCUAAAGUUGUCAGUAGGACAUAACGGUAUACUGACUAAUCACUGUGAAACUAUUUACCCAUAUCAACAACUAAAAGUAUUGCCCUUAAAUUGUAUUUCUUACUCGAUUAGUUCCAGUUUUGAUGAGAAACAAAAAAAACAUAUCUUUAUAAGAAAAGCAAACAUUUAUUCGUCAUUUUGUUUGAAAAUUCAUAUGCAACAAUGUGACUAUUCUACGUAGUUUUAGAGCUGAUCUUUCUAAUUACAAUACUAUUUCACUGUUGAAUUUUCGAAAUAUUGCUAUGGAGUUGUAGUCAACGUUGUGUUACUGAGUAUAGAUCCUGAUUCUAUAACACAAAAACAGCAAUGUUAUAUUCAAUCUUUUAUUCGAAUAAUAAAUAUUCAUAGUUUAUAUUUACUCUUAAAUAUCAAAGUAUACAACCAAUCGAGAUAAUUAUGAUAAACAACCGUUUAUAUUUUGAGUUAUUGCUAGCCAAUAUUUAUAUUGCUUUGACACUUCGGUCACCUGAUUAAUCAACUGACGUAACACAGUAUUUAGUGGGUAUUUCGUUACGAAGUUUGUCAUGUGACAUUACCAUGCCUCGUUUAUGUGGGCAUACUUUUAUCAAGCCACUGUUCUCAAUUUUCUGAAAUUCCUACCUAAGAGACGACGGUUGAGAUAACUUAAAUUUCUGAAUUGCUAAUGACCUGCAUUACUCACCAGUACUUUCAAUAAUGGGAAACCGAGUCUAAAAUUUAGUCUGGGUUAUUUUGAAUCGUUCUGGAGCAAAUUAUUUCAGAACUGUCUUAACAAAUGACUUCAAACAGUACCACUUAUAGUAAAUGCUUGUAAGGACGCAAUUGCAUGUCAGCAAUGAGAUCUAAAUCCGUUUGUCAUUUGUUACAAAAUGAAAUCUAAAGUUCAUGUAAGAAGUCGGGACUUUUGUAAUCAGUUGCAUUAAGAGUAAAUUAAUAUACUAUCAAUCGCACUGAACGAAGACUGUCCAUUUUUAAAUAUUGACCGAAGUUGGGAAUUGUGUACCAGUGCUCUUCAACACAAUAGUUUCGUGAUGAUUUCAAUGCCUGACUGUCUUCAUUUUGAUCUCGUGCAGCGUUUUGGGCACCUACUGUUGAGGAGACUCCAAAUGGACGUUCAAGUGGUUGUGGUUUCCAUCGGUGCUACAGAUAAUUCAGUUAUUGAUGAUAAAUAGCACUUGUAGUGUUUAGAAUCAAAGCAUAAAUACCGCUUUCUUUUGACAAACAUGUUCAAGUAUGCGAGACCGCAGUUAUCCAGCGAAUUAAAUGAGCGCUUGAUAUUAAUAUAGGAUUUGAGGUUAGUUACGCGAAUGAUUUGAUCAUAUUGAAAUCAUACUGGAAACAAAUAAAUUUCCUUUUUAACAAUGUAGUUCUGUUUAGUGUAGAAACCUAAAUUGAAAUGUUCACAUUUUGUACCUGUUUUGUUAUAUUGAAAAUAUCGACUAAAUGCUUACUCUCAAUCUCUUGUCCAUUAUCUUAUUACUAGUUUAUAUAUGGUCACAUGCUGAUCAAAACACACUAUAACCUGCUUUAACUUUAAAUAUAACUACGUUCUAACAGGGAUUAUUUUCAAUCGAUUAAUUCAUUACCAGAAUACUCUCAUCUAUUUACUUCCAAUCAUGUUCAAGGUAAAACACGGCUAUCUUUUUUCAUUGUGUCAACAUAAGUGAUAAGUUGAAACCAUGAAAAAACAGUCAGAUACCAAUGUUUAUUUCAGUGUAUGAACUAAACUAAUGGAUACUUCUUUUUUUAAAAACGUGUUAAAACAUAUUGUUAACAACACCUACAAUAAUAAUAAUAAUAAUAUAAACUUACUGUUAAGUUUGUAUAAAUGCAGAUUAAAUGUUUUCCUUCCUAUUUUGUUUUGUUUUCUGGCUAAUAUUUAUUAAAUCUAAGGUCAUAUAUAUACGUAAUGCGUAUGUGUAUGUUUAUAAUAUGCCAAAUUAAAACGAAUAAUAAAUAUUCAAUAUAUUAAUUUUGUACCAGUUAGCUUGUAGACUAAUAUUAAGUUUACAAUCUGGAGUGUAUAAUGUUCUAAUCGAUUCUUCUUGUUUAAUAUAAUUUAAAUUAUGAAUGGUAUGGCAUUCUUUGAUAGUUUAAUAUGUAAUCAAAAUGUAUGUGUAUAAAGUAUGUAUUGUUCAACUAAUACUAAAAUAGUGAUAAUAACAUAGUAUUCUUUAUUAGGUAACAUAAUUGUAUAAUCUUAAGGAAUAAGUUACAUAUUUGUCAGUCUACUUGCAAGCAAACUUUUGAAAUGAAGUCAGAUAACUUGUGUGUUAGGUUAAACUGCUUAUCACUACACUAUUCAAUUGUAAUUUAAGUUUUUAUUGAUCAGUCGACCGAGUCAUUUUUUUUAGUUUUAUAUAGUUUUUCCUCGCAAGUUUAUGUAAGCUGUAUAGGUGGAGGAAUUUAAUGAUCACUGGGUUGUUGUUUUUUAUUAGUUUUUUUUAAAUCCUCUAUGAUGCACAUCUACAAACUUGAAACAUUGAACACAGGGUCCCAAGUUCUGACAAUAAUCAUGAUAUCACUAAGAUUUGACAUUUCUUUUGAUUACAUAUUAUAUUUGAUAUAUGAAUUCUCCGAUUAUCUCCACUUAUUUCUCUAAAAGACGAACAAAUAGGACAAACCAACUACCGUGGUGAUUCUUGAAUUUUACCGUAAUUAGAUUCCCGAUAGGUUGUGUACAUUCUAUGGAUAGAUGCAUGUACAGGUGGUUAUCAUGCGUAAUUGGUUAACUAAACUAAAUAAAAUAAGGAAAUUUAUGGCGAUAAGUACACUUUCAAUAAAUAGUUGGCCCGGAAUUUUGAGGAGGUACUUAGUAAAAUCUGUUCAGUGUAAUUAAAAGGACAUGUAUAAUAUGCAAUACAAAAAAUAGCCGAUUAAGUUGAUGCUCGUUGCGGUAUUGACCGUAAUAAAAAAUCUGCCAAAGAUGCUAGAUGAAUGAGUAAAUGAAAACUUAUCAGGUGAUAAAAAUCUUGAAUCAAAGCAUUUAUUUGUCGUAGUAAAUACUCUUUUUGUUUUUAAGAUUUAUCAUAAAAGUGAUAGGUUGAUUAACUGAUAGUAUUAUUUACCGCAAUGAAUUGAAAUAAUAAUACAAUAAAAAAAACAAGUGAUAAAAGUGCCUAAUUAUCACACUCGAGGGAUGAAACUAAUAUCAGCUGAGACUAAUGAUCUAAUCAUCCUAAUGAGCAAAACUUGAGUUUGGGAUGUUUAGCCCCUUCAAAGAACAGAUAACUUUCUUUGUAAGUGUUUCAUUUUGAAAAGUUAAUAAUUUAUCCUGUGAAGUAGUGACACACUACGUUGUGAAACUUCAUAAAUUCAAUCUUAUAUUUAUUAGAAUAUUACAAACAUAUUAUUAAUUUAUUAUUAUACACAAUCUGUCCAAAGUUCGAUUCUUUUGAAAUCAUUAAGUCAAAUCUCCAUAGUAUUACCCAUAAGAGUUAUGGACUUUUCUGAUUGUCACUAACAGAUUGACUGAUAUUACUUUAUACUUAGAAAGAUUAUUUAUUUAUUUGAACACAAAUAUUGGUACAAGAGAGCGCUAAUAUAUAUCCACCACACAAAACAAUGAGAAUUCGAAGAGAGAAAAAAAAGGUAAGGAGCGCAAAAAAAAGAAAACAAUAACGAAGAGAUUGGUGUAAGGUAGUGUAGUGAUAAUGAAGGAACGGAAAGGUACAAUCAGAACAAACCUUUCAGUUAAGGAAGAAACAACCACUUUUAUGAAGAAAGUAAAAGAAGGUUACAGCAGGAUCGCCACUCGCUUCUAUUCUGAGCCAUAUCUGAUAACGUCUCUAGCCACUGUGUAGCACCAUCUCUCGGACCCCAACCAGGGAGUCGUGAAGGACCAACAGAAGCCGGUCCUUUGCAGCUUUCUUUCAUGCCACGACACCAUGUCAUGCACUGAUCACCUCUCCGCUUCUUCCAACCAGUCCCAGAGUCGGCAAAUAAUGCACGGCGUGGAAUUCUCUGGGACGACAUUCGUAGAACAUGUCCAAGCCAGCGAAGUCGGUGUUUCAAGAUGGUGACACCAAUUGCAUUAUCAUUUCUGAGCCCGAACACACGAUGUCGAACCUCUGCAUUACUAACAUGGUGUCGCCACUGGAUGUCAGCAAUCCUUCGGAGACAGCGAUGAUCGAACACAGAGAGUCGUCUAACGUCCUCAACUCGGAGAGGCCAGGUCUCACAAGCAUAGAGCAAAACUGCUCUCACCGACGCGUUGUAGAUCCGACCUUUUACAACCAGACUGGCAUCACGAAGGCGCCAAAGGUGGCCCAGAUUGGCAUAAGCCGCUUUGGCCUUCACUAUACGUGCAUUGAUCUCAGCACUCACACCCCCACCAGCACUUAUGCAGCUACCCAGAUACACG